AUGUGGACAUAUGCACAACGUACGCGUGUUGUUGACCUGCCUCUACUGGUUGGUUGCACUACCGUUGGCGAAGACUGGAAGUUCUAUAUUGCCAGUGGAGUGGAGGGGCCGGCUGGUAUCUUGGAAGAAGUACGCAUCUGGGGCCCCCUAUCUGAUCUGGCUGGCCGCACUACGAGCCCCAAGCAUACUACAUCGCUUUUGAGAAUUCUCCGUCGAGUCAUGCUGUACACUGUGGGUCAUCACAAGCAAAGAAUAUUUAUUUCAGAGGCUUGGAUUGCCUAUUUUGGCAAAUUGGCAAGAGAUUGUCGACCCCCGGGGCUUCGGGGCGUGUAUCACAAGAAGUGGAGACCUGGGCAAAGUCGGGGCCAAGGUGUGGGGAUGCAGUUGCUGCCCCGAUCAUCCAGCAGAUGA